CAGCAGCUUUUGGGGGAAAAACAUUGUCAUCGUUCAUCAUGAGGUGUCUGGUGUUUCUGCUCUUGGUCGCACUUAGUGGCGCCAAAGUCUUCGAGCGCUGUGAAUGGGCCCGACUUCUGAAGAGGAGCGGGAUGGACGGCUACAGGGGCAACAGCCUCGCCGACUGGGUUUGCCUGAGCCAGUGGGAGUCUCACUACAACACCCAAACCACCAACCUCAACACUGACGGAACCACCGACUACGGCAUCUUCCAGAUCAACAGCCGCUGGUGGUGCGACAAUGGCCAAGGAGUCACGGUAAACGCGUGUGGAAUCAAGUGCAGCGAACUCCUGACGGACGACGUCACUGUGGCGAUCGAGUGUGCCAAACGAGUCGUUCGGGAUCCCAACGGCAUCAGAGCCUGGGUUGCCUGGGUACGUCACUGUGAGGGUCGUGACCUGAGUUCCUACGUGAGAGGAUGUGGAGUUUAACUGAAGUCUGGAACCUGCAGAGCCAAGUCUCUUAUUCAUGGUUAUAAAUUCAUGAUGCUUAUUUUAAAACCACAAUAAAAUGUUGAUUUGACAAAGA